UUUGUCUGGAGCUCUACACUCGCCAUGCCAUGGAUACUUUAUGGCAAUACCAGUUCAGGAUCAUUCUACUGGGCGACUCGACGGUGGGCAAAUCAUCUUUACUGAAGAGGUUCACGGAUGGCAUAUACAGCGAUGUCGCGGACCCGACGGUCGGUGUGGAUUUCUACGCCCGUUCACUAGACAUCGAACCGGGGGUGAAAAUCAAACUACAGCUGUGGGAUACAGCCGGACAAGAGCGAUUCAGGUCCAUCACCACCUCAUACUAUCGCAACUCUGUGGGCGGCCUCCUAGUCUUUGACUUGACCAAUAGGAAGACCUUCGAUCAUGUGCGGGAAUGGCACCGAGAAGUCAGCGAGCACAUCCUGCCUCAUCACAUGGUCUACAUUCUGAUCGGCCACAAAAGCGACCUGACCUGUGACCGCAAGGUGUCGCGAGAUGAGGCAGAGCAGCUGGCGGCCGAACUCGGCAUCCGUUACGUGGAAACCUCGGCCAAGUGCAACAGCAACGUGGAGCGUGCUUUCGAGCUGCUCACAAGGGACAUCUAUGAGCUGAUGAAGAUGGGGGAGAUCUCCACCCGUGACGGCUGGGAUGGGGUCAAAAGCGGCCUCACCGCUAAAGUUCUUUACCCUUCUGAUGAGGAAGCGGAGCGAGAGAAGAGCUGCAGCUGCUGACUCCCACAACCCACCUGUAGUCUCUCACGUGUAUCUAUCGGUUGUUGCUCACCCUGGCUUUCUCUAAGGGUGCCUAAACACUGUAGUUGUGUCAGAGAAUGUUGCGAAUGGGGAUGGUGCAUUGCAAGGAUGUAGAGGAAAAUGCAAGUGUUUGCAGAAGUGAUGUGCCCAUUUACAAUUCACUUUAGACAGAUGGGUCUGGUUGUGCUUUGUAUUCCCACUUGAUUGCAAACUGACCCGGCUCUUUCCAUUCUUUGAAAACGGUGCUUAUGCAUUUCUAUUUGUCAAGUGCUCCCUUAGAGCUUGUUUCUAGUGUGUAGGCGCCCGAAUGCGUCACAUCAUGGUCACUGCCUCAGGACCUUGUUCUGGUCUCUGCUCACCUACUGCACUUACCUUGUUGUUGUCUGAGGUUACGGUACAGUUCUCUCAAUGCAAUGCAAUCGCUCAGUUCACUCAAAGAUGCUCCUUCCAGUGUGAUGAGUGAAUAAGUAUCAGUGUAAUACUAUAUGUUUGGACUGGAAUGGACAGACCUUGCUUCAUCUCAUAUUUUGAAGUCACCAGUGGUUAAAAGAGCUUGCAGUAGUCUCGUGGACAAUAACAUGUGUUUUUUAAAUCUCAGUAGGUUUUCAGUUCACAGUCUAAUUCGUACCUUAAAGGACAGGAAGGGAAUUUAUUCUUUGAAAUAUUUUUUUUAAUUACAUUUCAUUUUUUGAAAUUACAUUUUAAAAUUACGAAUUACGUUCUCUCGCAAUACC